AGUCAACAUUAACUUUUUUUCCUGUGCAAAAGUUCGAUUAAAAGGUGUGUAGCUCAGGAGAUCUAUCAGUUCAGCACCCGUUCCUUGUUGAAGUUGCGGAAUCGGACAGGUUGCGGUUCCUGUUCGUCAAAUUCCGUACCGGAAUCCGUGCCGCAGUAAUUAACUUUUUAGAGGUUGCACUACACCAGUCAGUGGCGAUCAGAGCGGCCAGAUAUGAUUGAACGGUGGCUCAAUGAAGGCUGACACAGUAGUGCUCGGGAGUGUGGCUGAUUGAAAAAUGGAUUCAAUUAAUAACACUUGCCGCAAUACUGCUUGAUAGCUAUAAGGGAAAAGUGAGUGCUUUGUUUGUCCAGGUGUUAGGAGAACAAUAAAGACACCUCAAGUGUCUAUUAAAGCGUGCUGAUUUGAUGAGAUGCUGUCAGUUUGUAUAAAAUGUGUGGAAACAUAAUGAUUAGCGUGCUGGGGCUGCUUUUGCUGAUUAGUCGUUCUAUCACAGCAUGGAAACCGUUGGAUCCGGAGCAAGUGUUGUUUGGAUUUUCGAGGUGUGGUGAGGAUUACACUCCAAAUGAUGAAAAUCGAACGAUUCGGAUUAAAAAUUGGGCCAAAUGGACACUAGAACCCGUGGACAACUGGACCAUGUGCUACGUAAGGUGCUGUUUGGAAAAACUAGAGUUGUUUAAUGCGACGACGAAUAGGUUUAUGACCCAUCACCUCAACGACCAAUUUGAAGGAUUCAAAAGGUACAACGAACUAAUCCAAAUCAGUGUCAACAAAUUUGCCGCAGCUUUGAAUAACAUUGGAAAGUUGCAUGACUGUGAGGCUGUUUUCCAUGCACUUACUGAUAACCUGAAAAAUCACAUGCUAACAUUGAUUAAAUUGUUUAAUGGAAGUCCUAGGAUCAAUACGAAAAUCUAUAAAGAUUUGGGCUCCACCAUUCGUCAAAGAAAGCAAUCUUAUGUGGAGUUUUGUGAAAAUAAGUUAAUUAAAUGCAACAAAAACGAUGUUUGCAACUUUCGACAACGUAAACCAAGCAGCUCUGCGAAAAAUAAUGGAAAUUUAGUUCAUUGCAUUUUCAAAGGAUUCCGUUACUUGGAUAAACAUGAUAAAAUAGAUCCUCAGGAGGUGAUCAGAGAUUUCCAUGCUAUUGGAGAAACCACUCUGGACGACGAAAUACGUAUCACCUUAACAAAGUGCAGUCGAAACAACCGACCAGCCACUGCCCAAAACUACUACAAAUACAUGAUUUCCAACAAAAAUCUCAAAAACCCCUUUCGCGAAGCCUUCGACUAUCGCGAGUUCCGCUCAACCGACUACGAUUACGCCUUCGCCAUCCCGGGACCUCCAACCUACGACCGUCGCCAGGUGGCAGCGGCCAAACGGAAAAGGAUUUCCGCACUGGGUUGUACUUAAUUUGAAUCAGCUCGAUGAAUGUCACAUUAAAGUCGUAAACUUGCGAUGUAAAAACAAACCAUGUUUCACACACGUGAACCCGAAAUCGA